AGUAAUCUUAAAAAUUUUAUGAUGACUUUUAUUAGAAGUAAGCGAAGUCUUAACACUGCUAAAAGCUGUAAAAUUGCUUAUAAUUCUAUAAAAAAUCAAUCUUAUCAUAAUAUAAGCAAUUUAAUUCAUAAUAAAAAUUCUAGUAUUGUAUUUAUUUACUCUAAUAUGAAUUUUCAACAUGAAUUAUAUUCUUCCACUAAUAUUUUGUAAAAUUUACAUGAUUCAC